AAGAAAAGAGGGCAAAAUGAUGGGAGGCUCAAUUCGAAUUCUCUCAAAUUUGAUAGUGCUAGGAAAGUUACUGCUUUGCAGUAGUUUCUGAAGAAGACUAUUAACUGCUCGAGGAGAGUUGAGACUGAUGGUUCUUCUGUGGCUCCGACAAUUUUACUGCGAGAACUCCUAAACGCAGAGCUACUACGAUGCUUUGUGUGGCUGCUUAAACACACACACACACGGUGGAACCCUACUCAGGCGGGCCACAUGUUGGUAACUGCAAGCGAAAGCCGAGUCAAUUCAGAAAAGCACUUGCUCUCCUUCCAGAAGUACAAAAAAAAGACACGAACUGAAGUGAAUGCGCCGAGAUUUCACCGCACAUAGGCGCGCCAUUCGGGCCGGUCCCUAACGCAAGCCUCCGAGCGCCCGGGGCUCGGCCGCUCCAUCCCACAAUCCUUCGCACGGCGCGUCACUGACGGAGACCAUGAUGGCGGCUCAUAGUGCACCAGAAGUGAUAGCACAGCUGGAAAGCGCAGCCAAAGUUUUAAUGGCACCCCCAUCCAUGGUCAGUCAUGAGCAACGUCAGCAUGCAGAACAUAUAUUCCUGUCGUUUAGAAAAUCAAAAUCACCAUUUGCAGUAUGUAAACACAUAUUAGAAACAAGUAAAGUUGACUACGUUCUAUUUCAAGCUGCCACAACCAUAAUGGAAGCAGUUGUGCGAGAAUGGGUACUAUUGGAAAAGAACAGCAUUGAGUCACUACGGACAUUCCUCUUAACUUAUGUCUUGCAAAGGCCUAACCUUCAGAAAUAUGUUCGCGAACAGAUACUAUUAGCAGUAGCAGUAAUUGUCAAACGAGGCUCAUUAGACAAAACCAUUGUCUGCAACAGCGUCUUCCAUGAAGUCAGCCACUUAAUAAAUAGUGGCAACCCAGCAGUGCAGACGUUGGCUUGUUCGAUCCUAACAGCAUUACUGAGUGAAUUCUCGAGUUCCACUAAAACCAGCAAUAUAGGCCUCAGUAUGGAAUUCCACGGGAGCUGUAAAAGAAUUUUUCAGGAAGAUGACCUUCGGCAAAUAUUUGUUUUGACGGUUGAGGUGCUUCAAGAAUUCAGCCGACGAGAAAACCUCAAUGCUCAAAUGUCUUCUGUGUUCCAGCGUUACCUUGCACUAGCUAAUCAAGUCUUAAGCUGGAACUUUCUUCCUCCAAAUUUGGGCAGGCAUUAUAUAGCUAUGUUUGAAUCCUCCCAAAAUGUGAUGUUAAAGCCAACAGAAUCCUGGCGAGACACCCUUCUGGACAGCAGAGUUAUGGAUCUGUUCUUUACAGUACAUCGCAAAAUCAGAGAAGAUUCAGACAUGGCCCAGGACUCUUUGCAGUGUUUGGCACAACUAGCCUCAAUCCAUGGACCUAUAUUUCCUGAUGAGAGAGCUCAGGUUGAUUACCUGGCUCACUUCAUUGAAGGGUUACUCAAUAUGAUUAAUGGGAUAGAAAUUGAGGAUUCUGAAGCAGUGGGAAUUUCCAAUAUUAUGAGCAACUUGAUUUCAGAGUUCCCACGUAGUAUUUUAACUGCCAUUCCAAGUGAACUAUUUUCUUCAUUCAUAAACUGCCUCACGCAUCUCACCUGUUCCUUUGGACGGAGUGCUGCCCUGGAAGAAGUGUUGGACAAAGAUGAUAUGGUGUAUAUGGAGGCAUAUGAUAAGCUCCUUGAAUCGUGGCUUACACUUGUGCAAGAUAACAAGCAUUUCCAUAAAGGAUUUUUUACUCAACAUGCUGUGCAAGUUUUUAAUUCAUACAUUCAAUGCCAUUUGGCAGCACCAGAGGGCACAAGAAAUUUGACUACCAAUGGUGUAGCAACACGUGAAGAAGAAGAAAUUAGUGAAGUACAGGAAGAUGAUCGCGAUAUGUUUUCAGAUCAGUUAGCUGGUAUAGGCAUGCUGGGAAGAAUAGCAGCAGACCACUGUAUUCCUCUGCUUAUCAGCUUAUUAGAAGAUAGAGUUACAAGACUUCAUGGUCAGUUACAAAGGCAACAGCAGCAGUUCCUGUCAUCACCAGGACCAGCAUCAUUGGAUAAUAAAGUACUAGAUGAUUUGUAUGAGGACAUUCAUUGGCUACUAUUAGUCACAGGCUACCUCCUGGCUGAUGAUACUCAGGGAGAAACUCCUCUCAUUCCUCCAGAGAUAAUGGAAUACUCUAUUAAGCAUGCAACUGAGGUUGACAUUAACACAACACUUCAGAUUCUAGGUUCGCCAGGAGAGAAAGCCUCCUCAAUCCCAGGCUGCAAUAGAACAGAUUCUGUGAUUAGGUUAUUAGCUGCUGUUCUUCGAGCUUCAGAAGUUGAGUCUCGAGCCACAAGGGCAAACUUGACAGAGCUACUCAGCCCACAAAUGGGAAAAGAUAUUAUGUGGUUCUUGAAACGAUGGACAAAAACUUACCUUUUAGCAGAUGAAAAACUUUAUGACCAGAUAAGUUUACCUUUAAGUACAGCAUUUGGUGCAGACACUGAAGGUGCUCAGUGGAUUGUUGGUUACCUUUUAGAAAAGGUUAUAAGUAAUCUUUCAGUGUGGAUUGCAGAACAGGACCUGGCAAAUGACACCGUUCAACUCCUUGUAACUCUGGUAGAGAGGAGAGAACGGGCCAAUUUAGUAAUAAAAUGUGAAAACUGGUGGAAUUUAGCGAAACAAUAUGCAAGUCGAAGCCCACCAUUAAGCUACCUUCCUAGUACCGUACAGCGGACAUUGAUGAAAGCCCUCGUUUUGGCAGGGUUUGCUCAUGUGGAUACAGAAACAAAACAGCAGUACUGGACGGAGGUUCUCCAGCCACUUCAACAACGAUUUCUUAAUGUUAUAAACCAAGAAAACUUCCAACAAAUCUGUCAGGAAGAAGAGGUAAAGCAGGAGAUCAUUGCCACGCUAGAAGCACUUUGUGGAAUAGCUGAAGCAACACAAAUAGACAAUGUAGUCAUUCUCUUCACCUUUUUAAUGGACUUCCUCAAUAAUUGCAUUGGCUUAAUGGAGAUUUACAAGAACACACCCGAGACUGUUAACUUGAUAAUAGAAGUUUUUGUUGAAGUUGCACAUAAACAAAUCUGUUACCUUGGAGAGUCAAAAGCUAUGAAGUUGUAUGAAGCCUGCCUGACAUUACUGCAGGUUUAUUCCAAGAACAGCUUGGGAAGGAAACGGUCUGACGUGGCAGCCGAAGAAGAACAGUAUCAAGACUUGUUACUUAUUAUGGAGCUUUUGACCAACCUCCUAUCUAAGGAGUUUAUAGAUUUCAGUGAUACAGAUGAAGUAUUUCGGGGACAGGAACCUGGGCAAUCGGGAAACAGAUCAGUGUCAGCUGCAGAUGUUGUCCUUUACGGAGUUAAUAUCGUACUGCCACUAAUGUCACAAGAUUUGCUAAAGUUUCCAUCAUUGUGUAACCAAUAUUACAAAUUAAUCACCUUCAUCUGUGAGAUAUUUCCUGAGAAAAUACCACAACUUCCAGAAGAACUUUUUAAGAGUCUUAUGUACUCCUUGGAACUGGGAAUGACCUCAAUGACAUCUGAAGUUUCCCAACUCUGUUUAGAAGCUCUCACACCCCUGGCUGAGCAGUGUGCCAAGGCACAAGAGACAGAAUCACCACUCUUCACUGCAACCAGACAUUUCCUUAAGCUCGUCUUUGACAUGCUGGUAUUGCAGAAGCACAAUGCUGAACUUACUGAUGCUGCAGGAGAAGCGUUUUACACAUUAGUAUGUCUGCACCAGGCUGAGUAUUCAGAAUUAGUUGAAACCUUACUAUCAAGCCAGCAGGAUCCAGUUAUAUAUCAAAGAUUAGCAGAUGCCUUUAAUAAUCUUACUGGAAGCAGCACUCCCCCCACCUUGGACCGCAAGCAGAGGAUGGCCUUCCUUAAAAGCCUUAAAGACUUCAUGGCAAAUGUUGGUGGUCUUCUGUGCGUUAAAUAAUUGCAAACUGCAAAAGGCCCAUGUUGACUAAUACACUGUAGAGCAUAGAAAUCAAAGCUGACUGAAUUUUACACCUGUUCCAAGGCUAUCGCCUGCCAUCUUGGAUUUUAGACUCUCAGGAUAUCUAGUCUACCACAAUAAGAACGAAGGAUGAAUCCACUACUAUUCAGUUGCCAGUGUUUCUUAGCCAUGAUUUGCCAUACAAACUAAUUGUUUACUUAAAAAAAGAAUUAAAUAGUGUAUUUUAGAAAAUUCCAGUGUAUGGAUGAAUGGCACAGUGAAUGAAUCCAGUGCCUUUUAAAGUCUGGUUCAAACCAGCUGCCCAAAUGGUCAGAGAAACUGUCUUGUUGCUUAUAUUUGAACCCUUGUUUUGGGGGAAUCACUGUAGACAAAAUGCACAGCUGUAAAUGUGUUAUAGCUGAAAUUAUCUUUAUUUUUUUUUCAAUGUAUGGAUUUAUUUGUGACCUAAAGAAGAAAACACCAAAUUGUAGCAUUUUAAUCUUGAUUUUCUUUUGCAUAUUGGGCAGUAAUCACAUUGUACACACAUUUCAGAUUCAAUUUGUACUGCCUGCUGUUCAGAAUAAAAUAUAUAUUUUUGCUUCCAGCGGUGAAUUUUAGGAAUUGUAACCAGUUGCCUUAUUUUCUGUAAAUACAAAAGUUUUGUUUUGUGAAAGACUGAAACUGGAUUGCCAAAGUGGCAGCUUUGUGUUGUUUCUCUUGUAAUGUACUUUUCUUCUAAAAUGAAAAGUUUGUCACUGUCUGUUGUCAGAAGUAGCGUUAAGAAUUUUUACAUAUAAAUAGAAGUUAUCAUUUUGGAUAUCAGAAUUAAGUCAUCUAAGUUCUGCAUUUCAGGUUUAAAGGGAUUUACUUUUAAACAAAACACAACUUGACACUGAACUGCUACACUGCAAAGUUCUUAUGUUUAUUUGAGCAAUAACUAAUUCUAGGGUUUGAAUUGUUUAAUGUUCUUGAGUAUAUCCUCGGACAUUAAAAAAACAAAACAAAACUCUGGUUUAUACUGUUGCAAAGUCAAAAAUCAAACUUGUGACUUCAGAAAAAUGUAAAUAAAUUGUUGGGCAUUUUGCUUGUGACAAAUUUGCCUUGACUUGCUGUUGCUCAACAAAUCAAAUUGUAUGUACAUAAGUAAAUAGAAUAUUGUAAUACUGCACAGUAUACUUGGGGUUCCAAAAGAGAAGUUAAUCAAGUUGAUUUAGUUGAGUUUUGAACAUUGAAUUAGUUUUAAAUACACAGAUUAAGUGUUGGGGGUAGGGGAGGGGAGAAGCUUGUGGUGAUCACACCACUAAAAAGCUGAAACAGAAUAUACGCAAUGAUCAUCUGAAGGGAAAAAGAGGGGUUAGCAUUUCAAAUGUUAUCAGUGUAAUAGCAGCCUCCAUCCAAGAUAUUCAUGUGUCUUUCUCUGUUUGAGUAACUUGAAACACUUCCAUUGUUCCAAUGUUAUUGCCCAUUUCAUUAUCCUUUCAUUAUCCUACUUUUCCAUGAACUAUGUCUAGGUUGUGUGUCAAAACUACUGAAGAAUAAUAGUAUGGGUUGAGCACCCCUUAUCCAGAAUGCUUGGGGCCUAAAUUGUUUCAGAUUUUGGAUUUUGGAGUAUUUACAUCUAUAUAAUGAGGUAGCUUGGGAAUGCGACCCAUGUGUAAACAUGAAUUCCAUUUACAGCUUGUACAUACUCCCUGAAGGUAGUUUUAUAUAAUAUUUUAAAUAUUUUUUACAUGAAACAAUCAUGAGUACACUGCACCAUCAGAGAGGUAAGCUGUCACUACCUCAGCCAUCCAGCUGGGCAGUCAGUCCCAACUCUGAAUUUGUGGCUACCGGUAAGCAGUUUGUCUUACACUUGUUCAUCUCACGUGUAUAGUUAACAGUAAAAUUAUUACAUAGUGUUAAUAUAAUGAAAAUACAACAUAGUAAUCACUGUGAGUAGUACACAGGUCUGGCUAUGAUGACUUCUGAUAACAGGCAGCCCCACUCAGGGUAUAUGAGAUUACUUCUCAAAACUGUCUGUGGUGCACAGAGACUUGCACAUCAUCUGGGAACCUUGCCAUGCCUUGUGGAAUUUUCCAUUUGUGGCAUCCUGUCAUCUCUCAAAAGAAUUUCAGAUUUUGGAUUUUCAGGUGAGGGGUGCUCAACCUGUACUAUGUUUAGUUUCCUGAAGCCAGCAGACUAGCUUAAGUGUAAGCUUGUAAGGAUCCCAUAAAAUACUCCAUUUAAAAGAAAAAUGGAGCAGCUUAUGGAAUUAAAUUGCUGCAUUUUGCUUUUCAAUUUUUCUAGAAGAUUAUUCAAAAGAAACUGAAGCAAAAACAAUGUGGUUGAGAAUUUGUGCAGAUCCCUUUUCUGUAGUGCAUUAAUGCUUUUUAGUAUUUGUCCAAACUUUGGGUCUUAUCAAAAUACCCCAUUAAUCAAACUAGUUUCUUGUAAUCUGAGGCCAAAAACAUAAUUUCCCUCUAUUGCUACCUAUCUUCCCAGCCAAAUCUGAACAAAUUAAUUCAUUUGCUAUGAAAAUAUUUGAACUAGCCCUCACAUAGAAUCAUUAUUUUUUACUACAUUUUGUUUUGUUAACUGUUCCUAUCUAAUUCCAAAAGCUGGCAAGAAAUAAGAUUAUAUGCAAUUCAAAAAUACAUUGCAUUUUAUUUCUUUUGAUGACAUUUUUUGACAUCCAUUCUAUGGAAGGAUGAUUGAUUAUUAUCUCAUUGAAGUGCUUCAGAUUACCCUUUUUGGAACUCUAUAUAAUUGCAAUUUACCCAAGACACUUUUUUUGGCCAGGCUCCCAUUAAAAUGCAACUGCAAUAGUUUUUUUUAAUGGAUACAAUGGAAGAUUUUUGAAGUCAGAUUUCUACAAAUUUGUAGAAAGAGCUUAAGAGCUUAAUUAUCUUCAUUAAGGAUAAUAUUGCUUGUAAACACUGAACUCUGACCUUGCCUUUUUUCUCCACUCUUCCAUUCCCUCCAACAUCCUGUAUUAUUUCCAGACAUAAUCUGAUGCAGUUUACCUGUCAUCAAUGAUUUUUAUAAUUGAAUUGCAAAAUGAAAGAUUAUCAUAUUUAAAUAGAUCUUAAUCAAUGCAUGCUGUACAGCAAAGUAAUUCCUUGUCAAAUUUGCAUGGGUACAAAUUGGUGGCAAAGAAAACUUGCUGUAUAUGAAUUUGGUGUUCUUCAUCACCUCGGUAAUGCAAAUAUAUGCUAAAGACCAAGAAUUUUGUCUUUGUUAUGAUGAAAUUAUUAACCAUAGUGUCAACUUAGAUACAGGAAAAUGGGGUAUUAGAAUAAGGGACACACUGUACAGAUUUUAUUCAGCAUCACUUAAUGUGGUUAUGUUAAAAAGAUCAAAGAAUAAUAUGAUUUGUCUUAAGUAUUCUAAGCUCCUGAACAUUGUAUUUGAUAUUCCAUUUUAUCAUGUUAUGUGAAGUUUCUAUCCUAUGAUUAAACUGCUGGAACUAUUGUUGUCUGUUAUCAUAAAACAUUAAGUAAUUUAUAGCCAAGUUAUGCUAAAAAAACAUUUUUUUAAAGGUACAGAAUGAAAGCUUCACUUUUGGUUAUCAUAUUUGUAAUAUUUUUAAAAGGUGUCACAUUUUGGUUUCAAUUCCAUGAUUUCAGUCCUAGUUCUGACCAGGAUAUCUAGGACUGUUGAACAAAGUAUUUAACUAUGCUGUGAAAUAAUGCAGGUCAACGAAAAUAAAAAAAAACUGUCAAUUGCUGCCAUGUGACAACUACUGUGACCUUUUCAAUUCAUCUGGAAUCUGUUUUGAAUGAAUCAUAGCUUUUCUUGAUGUAUUAUCAGUUCAUGGACAGUUAUGCAUAAAUUGAUAGCUAUAAUGCAUUUAAAUGAUUAGUAUUUUGUAUGUUUUGUACCUUUUGUGAUUUAUUUUCACAUAUUACAUCCCUGAUGUGUGCAAGUUCAGCACCAUUUUAUGUACAUUAUAGGAAUUUUGACAAUUAGAUUUUUUUAAUUGCGAAUAGAAGGAAUUGUAAAGGUUUGAGGAUAUGUUUUGGGGACAGCUGUCUCACCUAAAAUGUAUCGUAUAAGUGUUCUUAUAAAAUUUAAUAUUUUGCUGCAGUUGAGUUCAGUACAAAUUCUGACUAUUGCAUAGUCUACCCUUCUUGCAUAGUACAAGAUACAUUUUUUAAAGAAAAAUACACAUGGAAUGUUUCUCUGUAUAUAUGCGGUGACGACCAAAUAAACUUUGGCUGCUCUUUAAAUCAACCUGUCACCAUUAAAAAUUGGUUUUGUUAAUAGGAAGGA